CAAGGGACCUUAAGGAUGGACAUUUCCUAUACCGAUCAUUCCCACUUGAUCGGUAAAAAAGGAGAGACCAUUCAAAAGGUCAAAAGCGAUACCGACUGUCACAUUCACUUUCCCGAUUCUAACAGAAAUGGAGUUGUCAAAAGCAAUAGAGUGACGCUUACCGGAAUGGCAGAAAAUGUCGAACGGGCUAAAUUGGCCAUAAGAAAAUUGAUGCCGAUAGUUUUAAAAUUGCUCAUUCCCUCGCGUUGUCUGAACGAAAAGAAUCAGACCGUAUUCUCCGACAUUUUGAGAAGUAUAAGGGAACGACAUCUCAGCUUUAAAUUUAAUCCUCCUGCCGAUUCCAUAAGAAUAUUGGUGAUAAGGGGUCAGAGAGCCGAAAAGGAAAAAUUUGAGGAGAUACUCGGAAACAUCGACAGGCUUGUGGCAUCAAAUCGACAGGAUGAAAUUGCAAUGGAAAUAGAAAUGGCAAUAUCACAUAAUAAUAAUUUCUUCAAAAAGGAUUUGCCUAAUAAUCCUAUUUUAAAUCGUAUCAUGCAGUCAACAAAUACUACCAUUAAGAUGCUGUUUCUUAAUCAAAACAAUGAUGUGACUAAGUCUACGAUACACAUUUUAGGUCGAAAAUUUGAAAAUGUUUACAAAGGUUGGCAGGAAGUCAUGGUAAGAAUUAAUUUUUUUAGUUUUAUACUAACUAUUGUUUUUAUUCUAUUGUGAAAGUGUGUUCGUGAAACACGUGAUAAGACGACAAAACCAAUAAUGAUCAAAUCGUUUUAUUAGUCGAAUGAGUUGACAGAGAACGGAAUGCCCAUCAGAGACAAUUAUAUAUAGAUAUAUUUACAACAUCUCCUCUCUUGUUCGAACUUCCUGUGGCAAAAUUUAAUAUAUAAAUAUAAUCCUGAUUUAAACUAAGAUAAUUAUAAUUAAACUUAAACCUAAUACUAUUACUACUAGAAUGAAGAAAGGAAGGAUAGUUCGGAAAUCUACUGGUAGCUAGAUCUGUGGGUCCUGAACUGGGUGAAUAUUGACAUUUAUCACUUCAUGCAGUCAAUGUCCAAUCCAUUAGCAUCCAGGGGAGGUACAAAGCAGUUAUUAAUAAACGUGUGCCGAGACAGUUCCUUGGACCUUUCUGGAACGGCUAUCUCAAUUAUUUUUCUUGUCUCCAUUCUUACUUGGUCUAUGCUGUCUCUUUCUCUCCUUCACACUUGCUUUAUAUCUUGUCCUCUGGUCACUCUUGCUUGACCUCUCCUCAGUGGUGAACCUAAAAGUGUCUUUUUUCCUCACCUUGUGUUUAUCAGUAGCUUCAGGCAGGACCAAUGAAUAGUACAGCUCCUGUCACGUGACAGGAAAGGGUUAAAAAUGGAAGGAAGAAGAAUUAUAGGAAAGAAGAAAGGAGUUCUUAUACACUAUAUUCUAUAUACACUACAAUUAUAUACAACAAAAUAGUGGACAGCCACACUAUAUAUUUGCUCUUGAU